ACGGUUUAGCGUGCGUAAAACCUAAAUAAUGAUAUGUUGAUAUAUACAGCGCGACUCCUACGGCAACUAUUUGAGGCAUACAAAUCCCACGGAUAUCUCCAGUCUUCUCAUUGGUUGUCGUGUUGUGUCAAUCCAGGGGCUCCUCUACUCUAUCGCCUCUACAGUAGGUAAAUAUUUGUGUUUGCUCUGCCGGCUGUAAUGGUGGACGACUGAAAGGGGAGCGAGCGAAGUAAACCCUCAAAAAACGGAAUCGCGACCCAAACACUACAGCCGCACGGCUCGACAAUAAGCUCCGGCGAAUAUGGAUGAACUUAAACAUCAAGUUAUGAUAAACCAGUUCGUCCUGACAGCUGGAUGCGCGGCCGAUCAGGCGAAACAACUAUUGCAGGCGGCACAUUGGCAAUUCGAGACGGCGUUAAGUGCGUUUUUCCAAGAGACUAAUAUACCAUACGGCCACCAUCAUCAAAUGAUGUGCACACCGGCCAACACGCCAGCCACGCCUCCCAACUUCCCCGACGCGCUCACCAUGUUCUCCCGGCUGAAGGCCUCUGAGAGCUUCACCAGUGCCAGCGGCGGCAGCCCCGGCAUGGGGGGCAUGGGCGCCCCCAUGGGAUCCUUAGGCUCCAUGGCCACCUCCCCGCCCCCGCCUCCCCCACCCAUGGGCAUGGGCAUGGGGAUGGGCAUGGGCAUGGGCAUGGGCAUGGGCUGGGGCGUCUCCCCAUCGCCCACAAUGCCCGGCCACCACCACCAGCAGGCGGGAAUAUGGACUCAGGGCUCCCCUUUACCUCCGCCGCCGCCCCCACACCACCAAGCCAUGCAGCAUCCACACGCCCACGCUCACGCUCACGCUCACUCUCAAGCGCACCAUCAGCAGCACGGAUGGCCGUCAGGCGUGAACCAGCAAGUGGAGCAGAAGGCUAGCGUAGCGAUGGAGGCCGAGAGAUGAGGCGGCGGCAAGAGACACUUUUUGUUCGCGUUUUUAGGAUUUAAAACAGGCCCCCCUCUCUCUCUCUCACUCUCCUUUCCUCCCCUCCUCUGUCCCUCUCUCCCUCCCUCCCACUCCCCUGGUCCAGUACCUGCCAUCAUCACCAAAUUAACCCUUCCCCUCCCUUCUUCUUCGACAGCACCUCACUUUUUACGUCUGCAUAGCCUUGGGAGAGGGAAGUGGGGUGGGUGGGGUUGGAGUCGGGGAGUUAGGAGGGCGAUUUGAUUGGGUGGUUGGGAGGAGAGGGGGCGGGACACUCUACUUUCUUAUUGGCCGUGGGCAGAGGAAGGAGGAGGAGCCACACAACCAAGAUGAAAACGGAGAAAAAAAAUACCAAGCAACACAGACAAUUACAAGAAGGGGAGAGAAAAACACAAUGCAAGGUUGAUGAAACUAAUAAUAAUAAUAACGAUAAUCAUAAUAAUAAUGAUGAUAAUGAUAAUAAUAAUAAUAAUAAAGACGUAAACGAGAAAAAAAAAUACAAAAAUGCACACCAUAUUACCGAGUAAGAAAGCAAGUGAUAAAAAAAACUUCUUAGAUUUUUUUUUGUUCAUUUUAAAGAAAGCAUAGUUUAAAAAUAUAUACGUAUAUAUAUAUAUUAAAAAAAAAUAUCUAUAUAAAAAUGGAACUGACCCCGUCAAGCCCAAGGAUUUGUGAUACUCACAGACAAGAUGGACAAUUUUAAGCAACUGUUUCUAAUUUUCUUUUUCUGUCAUCUGGUGUCUUAUCUGUGUGUGAGAACUCAGCAGUUUGCGUUGCAUGAAGAAUUGGAAUCCGUCAUUUUAAAGGUUUUCAAGGUUUAUUUCCGGACUUUUCUUUCUCAGACAUACAUGUGGACAGUGUGGAACAACCACACAUACAUACAUAUUCACAACUACACUAACGAACACACAACAAUACACUCAAUACACAACUUGUACAAGAAACCAGGACUUUUUUCUCUCGUUCCAUUGGACAAUGGGACUCUGUACUCUGCUUACCUCAUUGGUCACCUGACUUUCUUCAAACCAAUCAGGGAAUCACGAUUGUUCCUAACCAAGGACAUUUUUAAAUUACAUCGGAGACCUUUCAUUCAUAUAUUGUCGGUAGGCAUUUUCAUAGUUGAACAUCUCCUGCUUUCAAGUGGGGCAACGACAGAGUUGAACAGGAAAUACCCCCCAGGAAAUACUCCCCAACCCUGAAGAUGUGUGGGUAUUUUGUGGAGGACAGUUCAUUCUAUGUAGUGUUUUUUUAAGGUUUUCAUUGAGACUGGGUUGCGAGCUGUUGGAUAGUAAAGACGGGUGUUUUUGAAAUACGUAACUAAGGCCGCUAAAAAGUUCUUUUUUUAAAUAAAAAAAGAGAAGCUACACAAAACCUGACUACUAUAUAAUAAGAAAUGUUUGUAAGCAGACUUGCCACUUUGCAUGAUGUACGCAAAUGCAUACCUACCAUCUUUUGUAGUUUGUUGCUUUUUUGGGGGAAUUCGACAUGACUUGUAUUGUUUUCCUUUCAAAUUUUCAGUCAAAAAUAUUUUUUUUCUUUCAUUCUUCUAUGAACCAUCUCUCACCUUUAAAAGCAACUGCUGAGAUAGCAGUUAAGAGCCAUUAUGGCCAACCUGGAAUCCAUAGUUACAACCCAGUGCCACGUUUUCCAAAUGACCUGGUUUUACCUGCCUAUUUCAACCAGGUGAUCAUUCAACCAGGCAAUCACCUGCUUGAAUUGGGCAGGUAAAACCAGGUCAUUUGGAAUAUGUGGCACUGGAUUCUGAGUCCAGGUUGCCCAUAUAUAGCUGGUAAAGAGUAAAAGAGGGAGAGACAUUGACAUACAUUACGUAAUACUCAAGUUCAGGGUAGCACUCAUCACUUUUCUAGGGCCUGUUUCUUUAAAAAGGACAAAACCAGACAAAAAAAAUAUAAAUAAAACGUUUCUAUUCUUGGUCCACCUUUUUUCUCGUAAGGAUGAGUACUACACAUAAUGUUCACCGUGGUACACUAUCAGUAACCCAUUAUUAUUAU